UAUUCAAGAGGGGUGUAUGUGUGUGUGUGGUCUGUCUACAAAAGUAGCCUAAAAAAAAAAUAGCUACAGCAACCUUUUCGUUGCUUUUAUGAAUGAAAAGGAGAUGGCUGACCCCUCCGUCAAUUUCAGAGGUCAGGAAACUGACAGGAUCCGGCGCAGAAAUGUCAAACCUUUGGAUACAAAGCUGGGGCUCGAGGGGGAGAGGCUGGACAGUGGGAUCGACUCCAUGCAAGAAGCGGACGAGACCCUGGGCAGUGUCACAGACCAGAUGAGGAAUCUGAAUGUCAGCUGUGCCAGUGUGGAAGAGCAGAAACCGACCCAGAGCUGGACCAUGUUCAGGAGUGAAGAUGGGGACACGUUUCUCCAUUUGGCAAUCCUGCACCAGCGCCCGGACAUUGCCAGUUUCCUUCUGUGGUCUGAACCAUCUGUUAUAGACGUUUGCAACAAGUCCCGACAGAGCCCUUUGCAUUUGUCGGUGAUCAUGAGGAUGCCAGGCGUGGCCAGGGAGCUGGCGCAGGCUGGGGCGAACCUGGAGAGUUUGGACACCUUCGGGAAUACCGCAUUGCAUCUGGCCUGCGAACAGGGAGACCUGGACUGCGUUAACUCGCUCCUGAACCUGACGGGCACCAGCGACUUCAUGCAACAGCGCCUGGCGCAAGAUCUGGAACAGCGCAAUUACUGCGGUCACACAUGUCUUCACAUUGCAGCAAUGAAAGGUGACUGUGAAACAGUGGAGCAACUGCUGUCUUCAGGAGCCAACAUUAACGCUCAGGAACCGAGCAGCGGGAGGACGCCCCUGCAUCUGGCAGUUGAGUUCCAGCAUCGAGAAGUGGUGCAGCUCCUCAUUGAACGCGGGGUGGAUGUGAACCGGCUGAUGUACAACAGCUGCACAGCCUUCCACCUGACGGCCGGACGGCCGGACCUGGUGAUCCGGGAGCAGCUUUCCCAGCUGACCAACUCCUCGCUGAUCCCACUGUAUGAGUCUUCCGAUUCGGACUCUGAGGCAGAGUGGGAUGCCCGAUCAGACUGUGAGAUGCCCCUAGAUUAUGAUGAUCUUCAAAUUAGAGGCCAUUCUCUCCACUGAAUGCACAGCACACUCGGUGCUGUGCACUGGCUUACAUUGCAACUAAGACAAUGAUUGUAUCAUCAAAGGGGAACUACCAGCGGACUGUGGGUUCAGUGUCAUCGUCUCCCUAUCCACCCCCAUCGCUCCUCGCCCCCAUUCUUCCUUCAAUCCCCAAAGAGGUGUGGGCAUCUUGAGAACCAACCACCACACUUCAAGAUGUUCUCCGCCACACUUCAAGAAGUUCUCCGCCACACUUCAAGUUGCUGAGUGUACCGAACUGUAGCUCCAUGUAGCUCACUGCAACUUUGAAGCCAGUGCCUUAAGAGAGGCUGCUAAAGGUGUUUGUGGGGGCGGGUGGAGGGAGAGAAGCACCAGCUCACACAGAAGAGAGGCUGGAUGACGCACAAACAUAGGGCAGGAAUGAACGGAGUAUCUUGACUAAAGACUUUUCCCCUGGCUUUUUGUUUCCCAUAGCCAUGACUAGGAGCAAGUAUGUUAACUUGUUUUACUUGAUUGUGGGGGAGGUGACAUCCUCCCCUCAUUUCCGUUUAGCCCCGCCAUUGUUGCAGUGGUUAACCACCUGCGAGGUGACUGCUGGCUACAAGGGCUAACUCGAGACAAGCUCAUGAAUAGAAAAAAAUGUCCCCAUGAGGAAGGACUGGGUCACUCUUUUUGUGGGCCACUGAACUGAGAGUUCAGGAUUUCAUAAACUGACAAGAGGUGAGACUGAAGAAAAGGCGGCUUUAAGACCCCUCCUCCCAUCCAGUCUCACCAAUCGGGCACCAAGAUUGGUUGCGAGAUUGCUCAUGGCAUAAACGCAAAGCCAACGGUGUUGGGUGGUGCGAUGGCCCAGAGGCUAUCCUGUAACCUCAGCAACUUGGGUUCAAAUCUUGCCUUGGGAUGAAGGUCCCUUCUUUGACUGGAAAGAGAGGUGGUGCCUCAAGCCAGUUUCUACUGAGCUUUGCUGCAUGAUGCUGAACCGCUACCCUCACCUAAGGCAGGCGUCAGAGUUGAAGGCUCUUCUCAGGAUUGGGGUGAGCCGCAGAGUAAAUGGGCCAAGACGUGAAUCACGUGACAAGGCAUUGUCUUAGCAACUUCUCCCUGAGGGUUUAGCAGUUUUAACUUCAUGACGGUUGAGGGUGGGGGCACGGUGGAAUUUCUCAGGGUUUCAAUAACACGAAUGAGCCUGACUCUCCCAAACAUCACAUCAACCACACCAACAGGCCCUUGGACACGUGUUUUGUGUGGUCUGAUGCCUCUCAUUGGCCCUUUCCCAACACGUCGUUGAGCUGGUGAUAUGCCAGGAUCCUCAUGCCUGCUCUCCCCUCUUGGUCAUUGCCAACCCUGAAUACCCAACUACAUCACACGUGGAAAGUUGCCAACUCAUCACAGGCAAAAAUGGACACUAAUGCUUUCAUUCAUAUCUACACAUUGAAGACUGGGAUGAAUUGAGAACUCACUGUCGACUUGUACACGACUAUCAGAAAGUUUGAAGUGGAAGUUAAAUAUUUUGGUUUGUGUAAAGACUGAUGGAGAAAAGGAUGACAAAUUGUUUUGAUAUGCUCUGUUAAGCUUUAUGAUGUGAAUUCCGACUUGCGUGUAUUGUCAUGGGUGGAUGGGGGGAGUGGAGGGGGUGCGGGGAGUAUAAAUUUAUCUUCAGGUAGUCAGACAAAACAGGCAGUAGUGAAUCGGACAAAGACAGUAUCCAAAGAUGAAUUGUAUCCAAGCGAGAGUAUCUGCCAGUGGAAAGUCCAGCCCUAAUGGGUUGGAACUGACAGGAAAAGUGUCGUUAGUCCAUCUAGCCUGCCCUAUGCCUCAUCUUGACUAGGACACUUCCCACCUAUCCCAUACAGCCAUGUAAUCUCCUGAGCGUGGCAUAAUGUCAGAGAAAAACCCAGGGGCAACAAAGGGUUAAAAAUAGACUGGGGAAUUCUUCAUUACCGCCCUCGGAAACCAGCCCAGGAUAUCACAUGGGCUCAAUGUUAUCUAUAAAUAGACUUGCCUUUUAUGUAAUGAGAUCUACUCUCCCAGGCAGGAAAGGGUCCAGGUCCCUAUUCACUGCCUGAAGCAUCACAGAGUUAAGGGGUCACCUCCCUCCUAAACAAUAGGGGAUGAUGUUUUACGGGUCUCAGUUACAGCCAUUGAGAGCUCUGAAGAGACAAGAUGGGGAUGGGAGAAAGAUUGUUGGUGUACCAAGCAACAUGGGGAAAAUAAUCUGGCACCAUCUUUAUAAUUGCCCCAAAAUCAUAUUUCAUAUGUCAGUCCAAGAAGGAAUGGCAUUGGACUACUCAGUCCAUGGAAUUAGCUGAAAUACUUUAUUCUGUUGCUGCUCUUUGGGAUGUUUUUGAUUGCGUUGGAAAUAGAGUUGUACAGGUCACACACUUUUGUACAUAAUUUCUUACAAAUUUUAUUUUUUUACAUUAAAUAAUAUAGAAAAUAAUC